UAAAAGAUGGCUAGAAAUGCAGAAAAAGCAAAGGCAAUGCUUUCAAGAUGGUACAGAUUGAAAAGAGAUAUACGUAAUACUACAGAUGGAAAGUAUAAGUCCAUUCCAAAGGUGUAAGAAUGUGUCAAUCUCUAAGAAUGCGAAUUGGAGAGAUAGGAAGUAUUAAAGGUGGUUUCAAAAUUGGUCUCUGAUAUUUAAAAUGCUGGUUUGGGUGAGCAUAGAAUUAGGGAAUUGAAUGAUGAAAUAAAUAAAGUCAUUUAAGAAUUGCGAUAAUGGGAAGACAGAAUCAAAGAAUUAGGAGGACCAGAUUAUAGAAGAUUAAGUGCUAAGAUCUAUGAUACUCAAGGCAUUGAAUUAACAGGAAAAGAAGGAUAUAGGUAUUUUGGAGCUGCAAAAGAUUUACCGGGAGUUCGAGAAUUGUUUUUCUCAGAACCACCUUCUGAACCCAAAAAGUCAAGGACUGAGUUGUAUAAGGUAUUCCUAAUUAGCUUAUGUAGAAUAUCUCAUAUAAUUAUUAUGGAAGCCAGAAUUAGGAGUUGUAAGAGAUUUUAGAGGAGGAAAGAGAAUUGGAGAGGAAGGCUUAAGAAUAAGAGUUGCAAAGAUUUAUUGAAGACAACUAAGAGCUGGUUAAAGAUUUCAAUACAAGAGAAGAAAUUCUACAUUAUAUAAAAUAUGAAGUUGAUAAAAGAGAUGAUGUGUUGAAGAGAAUGGAAGAAGAGAAGUGUAAAACUUUUAUUAAAUAAUUUAGAAUAACACUCUGAUUCUGAAGAAUAUGAAUAAGAUCAAUUAGAAUAAAGAAAGCAAGAGUUGAUUAGGCAAUAUUAUGCUCCUGAAAAGAUCCAUUCAUAAUAUGUUACUACAGUUGAAAAGGAUGCAGAUCUUGAAUCAUUUAUUAGGGGAAAUAUGGCAAAAUGAAGUUAGUUGCGCA